GUGUGAUGUUUUUGAUCGAUAAUUUCAGCUUACCCGGUAUAUGGAAAUUUUCAGUUGUCCGAUCAGGUGCCUUGAUAAUGUGGGCGUUUCGGAGAUGUCCAUGCAAGGGUUGAUGUAUCAACUUGACUUGCAGCUGAAUGAGAGGCCAAGGCUUCCAGUACUAGUUUAGCUGAUCAUUAGGAAGCAACAAACCAACAAUGUCUCUCCCAAUAAGCACCCUCGCCCCGCUCCCCACUUCUUGGGAGCCCAUUGUGUCGCCUCAUGUGGAGCUUGCCCUUGCCGUCACCUUCAUCGUUCUCUAUGGACUCCUCUUCUUAUUCAUUUACAUCCAACUCUUCUUGAUCCUGUACUACGGGCAUAAGCGCUUCAGCUAUCAGACUGUAUUUCUUUUUCUGUGCCUGUUCUGGUCGGCACUAAGGACUACCCUGUUUUCAUUUUACAUUCUCAAUGCUUCUGAGGUGAAUAUGCUUGCAUUUAUCCUCUAUUGGCUUCUGCUUGGAUUUCCUGUAUGUCUCCAGUUUACCAGUCUGUGUCUGCUUAUCUUAUAUUUUGCCCAGGUGAUAUUAAAAGUGCGAGUGCGAUUUGAUCCUGACCAGUACCGACGCUACAAGUGGCGCCUUCGACUGGCCAUCAUCAUCCUGCCCCUGCUCUUCACUGUGAUCAACCUGGUCUCAGGGAUCUUGAUCCGUGUGUUAGACGGCGAGCAUGCCAAACACGACACACUCACCACUAGAGUUAUCCUCAAUGAAGGUCUCUUCCUCCUUGCAGCAGUCUGGCUUUCCAUCUGUAUCUGGAAGAUAACACACAUGACGUCAGCCAACGUGCUCCUUGAGGCAAGGGGAACCACAGUAGGUCAAGCCUGUGUUGCAUGUGUAGUCAUCAUCCUCCUGUAUGUGACCAGAACUGUGUACAAUGUCAUAGCUGUUUCCUGGGUCCAAUGCCCCUCUUUUGGAUACGACUGGAUUAAUGUCUCAGACCAGGCGGACCUAAUUACGCUGAAAGGGAACCACUUCCUAGCAUUUGGUGUUGUUCUGUUUGUCUGGGAGUUUCUGCCUACUUUCAUCCUGGUCGUCUUCUUCCGUGUUAAAAGAUUUGCCUCAACUGUGCAAAUUGUUCCACAAGUAAAGUCUGGUAGCAAAACACCAUCUAAAGCCUACUUCUUUGACAAUCCCAAUCGCUAUAAUAGUGAUGAUGAUCUGACCAGAACGGUUAGUACUACUGAUAUGAGACAUAAUUCAAUGAAUGACAUUCCAUCGUUGAUAAACACGCCGCAGAGUUUGCCUCAGGUUGGUUAUGGUGCCCUGUUUAAAAGCAACAGUUAUUCAGGUCAACAUCAUCAUCCCCUGCCAGGCACCACACCACCUCUCCUAUUCUCUGGCAAUGCAUCAUUGUCUGGUGGCAACAGCAGUCAGAUUUAUGACUGACAUAGAUACAUAGAUGCGGGACUCAAGGAUCUGCACAGGGUGGAAUGAGUAUUUUGAAUGAUAUGUCAUGAACAUGUAUGCAGACUAAGUUAUCAGGACUAAGUAUUUUCAAUGGACUUUGGAUGAUGUGAUAUGAAAUGAAUUAUUUAUGACAAAAAUAUGCCUCAUCCUAGGCUUCACAGUACGACAGUAGUGUAAUAUAAGGAAAUCAAUUGAUGCUGUACGUGUAUGUUAGUUGAAAUGUAUGAUUUUGAACACAAAUGUUGUUUUGCUAAGGAAAUGUGUUUAUAGAUGUAAUAACAAUUUUCCUCUUCCCUUCAUAAACCAAAAUGAUCCAUUCCUAGUAUAAAUGUAUGCUCUUUAUUUUCAUGAUAAUGCUUUACUUAAAUAAUUCCAUGUUAAUUGCCGGUGAAUAUAACACUGUUGUCAUAAAAAUAUUAGGUUACUUUAAAUAGCCACCUAUAGUGCACUCUCACAAAAUCAUAUUGAUUAUUGUAGAGGUGUUGUGGUCUAGUGGAUAAGUCACUAGACUGUAGAUCACAAGGUACAGGAUUAAAAUCCCAGCUCGGCACUAACGUCCUUUGGCAAGACAUUUAUCUACAUUUGCCACUCUCAUUCCAGAUGUAAUAUGGGUACCAGAUAGGAUGCAAACGUUAAUCUAGUUUGCUCAGCAGUGUGAGUGUCUGUAAGAUGGCACCUGGCCGGAAUGCUCCCCAGGGAGUGCAGAAUGUGCAUACAUUGUGAGCGGGCAAGCCUGAAAUGAUGACCGAAGUGAUAAUAUUUCUUUAAAGCACUUAGCCAACAUUGUAAAUGUAUUAAGUGCUAUAUAAAUGCAGAUUAUGAUUAUUGUAAUUUUAAAAGCCCAAACAGACACAUUUCCAUGUCAGUUGACUGUGUGUUGACAAUUUAAUAUUUGUUAAUUACAUGUUAUACUAAUCGCUAUGUGAUUUUUGUUGAGAAAGCUGUUGCCAAAGAGUGAUUUCUGUGAAAAUGUUUAUAAUGAGACUUCAAAAGUCAUGAAAUUAUAUUGUGAAUCUAUGAGAUUGCUGCGUAAGAUAAGGGAAUGAUUGUUUUGUGCAUUAUUGCUGCUUCUUAACUGAAUGCUGUCUGUAUUGUUUGAGGUAAUGCUGCCUUUAAAGGAUAAGAAUAUAAGAUCACAAAAAAUUACUAAAAUAGAUUGGGAAAUGAGUUGGCUUAUUUAAAGUCUGAAGGGCUUCUUUUUCCAAACAGGUUGUGGGUGGGUUCAUAUCUCUCAUGAGCAGAUCAGAUGUCACAAGUCUGUCCUCUGUAUAAACGUGCCCCUCCUCUUUUCCCAAACAGUUGCUAGAAAGAGAGGUUGAACAAUGUUCCUCAGACAGGAUGUCAAACGGAAGUCCUUGGAGAGGAGAAUCAGGGCCACACUAGGUGUGUGCCUUCACUCCCAGCCAUCUGAGACUGCUAGAUGAUGAUUAUUAAUUAUGAUAGUAAUAUCAAUAAAAACACAUAUAGAUAUUAAUUUUUGUGUGCUUUUGAUGGAGUUUUUAAUCUCCAUUCAAAUUUUAUUUAUACAAUAUUUGUAAUUCAACUUAAAAAGAAGUAUGCCAUGUUAUGAGGAGAAUAAGAAAAUCUGUUAGAUAUAAUCUAGUAUUGUGUGAUUUAUUUUAUUUAUUAAAAAAAUAUCUGUAAGAGUAACAUACCGAGAGGGUUGAUCUUUGGAAGUACAUGUAGACAUGAAUUUUGAUGGGAAUAUUAUCUCUGUGUUUGUGCCUUGUUGGUAAUGGAAAAUGUUAUAUUUUUCAAGAGUAACUAUCUUAAUGUAUCAUAACAUAUCAUAAAUAAGUGGUAUUGAAAAAGCAGUCACUCAAAAGUAUGGUAUAAGUCGACUAUAAGUUAGAUUUGUUUACACAGAUAUCAAUGUUGUCUCGUUUGAGUUUAGAGGCUCAAUUGUUUCUCUCUUUAAAUAUUCCUGUAUUGAUUCAAAAGGAGCCUUUUGAGGUACCACCAAAAUUGUGAUGAGAAAAAUCAGCAUUAUACUACUACUAUGUGUACAUAUAAAUGUUUGUUCUAUAGCAUAGUAAUGGGUUAUGUUCAUCCAUGUACAUAUAUAGGUUUUUACUGCAAAGUACUUUGAAAGUUAAUAAUCAGAGAGAUGCUUUUAAAGGUAAUACAAAGUUUUGGUUGAGGGUAAUGAAUUUGGUUCAAAUGAACAUAUUGGAAGCAUAUGUGAUCCUACAAUAUUCAGUGGUCA